ACGUCACGUCCGGCGACGGCGGCGGCGGCGGCGGCGGCUUCCUCGGGUCGCUGCCCUCCCGGGCGCUGGUGUCCGGCCACCUCUCACCACAGCGGGGGCCACCGUGGGGCGCUUUCGUGUCCUCGGCGGCCCUCGCGUCGCCCGUCUGCCCGCCGGCCGGUCAGCGCGCUAGGCCUGGUUUCCGCUGCCUCCCCCGGACCACUUAGUCUCAACCCGGGUGUGGUUUCCACUCUUAGAGCUGUGGCAUCACUUGUCAAUAGGCUACACUCCUGGGCCUCUUCUGGUUUACAGUUUAGUGCUGUUAAUCUGUGAAUGAAACAUGACUGAGGACUCUCAGAGAAACUUCCGUUCAGUAUAUUAUGAGAAAGUGGGGUUUCGUGGAGUUGAAGAAAAGAAAUCAUUGGAAAUUCUCCUAAAAGAUGACCGGCUGGAUAUCGAGAAACUUUGUACUUUUAGUCAGAGGUUCCCUCUCCCAUCCAUGUACCGUGCGCUGGUAUGGAAGGUGCUUCUAGGGAUCCUGCCUCCGCACCAUGAAUCCCACGCCCAGGUGAUGAUGUAUCGCAAGGAGCAGUACUGUGAUGUCCUUCAUGCCCUGAAAGUUGUUCGCUUUGUCAGCGAUGCCACACCUCAGGUUGAAGUCUAUCUCCGCAUGUAUCAGCUGGAGUCUGGGAAGUUGCCUCGAAGUCCCUCCUUUCCACUGGAGCCUGAAGAUGAAGUAUUUCUUGCCAUUGCCAAAGCUGUGGAAGAGAUGGUAGAGGAUAGUGUCGACUGUUACUGGAUCAUCCGAUGCUUCGUGAACCAAUUAAAUAACAAAUACCGGGAGUCUUUACCCCAGCUGCCAAAAGCUUUUGAACAAUACUUGAAUCUGGAAGAUAGCCGUUUGCUGAGUCAUCUGAAGACGUGUUCCGCGCUGUCCAGACUUCCUUACGAUCUCUGGUUCAAGAGGUGCUUCGCGGGGUGCUUGCCUGAAUCCAGUUUACAGAGGGUUUGGGAUAAAGUUGUAAGUGGAUCCUGUAAGAUCCUAGUUUUUAUAGCUGUGGAAAUUUUAUUAACCUUUAAAAUAAAAGUAAUGGCUCUGAACAGUGCAGAGAAGAUAACAAAGUUUCUGGAAAAUAUUCCCCAGGACAGCUCGGACGCGAUUGUGAGCAAGGCCAUCGACUUGUGGCACAAACACUGUGGGACCCCAGUGCACUCAGCCUGACAGCUCCCGCGUGCGCAUGGUGUCCCAACCUGCCCUGAGCAGUGUGUUCUCAGGACACCGUCUGCUACACUCACUGAAAAUAGGGUUCUUGCUUUGGUGCUCAGAGCAUCAUUUUUUCCCCAGUAAAAUUAUUUAAGAUACCUGGUGACGUUGUGUUGUGGAGCCCAACUUGUGGUUACACAGUACAAAGUUCAACUCUGGAUAGCAUGUGAAAGAGUUAUUCGAAAAUACCUCCCUGUUUUCAGAGCAGUUCAGCCACGGAGGGCAGGUGCUUUGAUAGGCAAGCCUGCCCUUCCCCUUUCUAAUUAGCACCAUGCUCGUUACUUUCUAAGGCUAUUUCUGGAAUAAAGAACAACUUCCUUUUGUUGACAACUCAGAUUCGGCUCCGUUGAUGCAGUACUUGUUAAAAUCUAAGCUGUCUACUUUCUGAGGCUUCGUCUUGCCAAAUAGGUUUCAAUAAAAGCCUUACUUUCUUUUU